UUUCACACCCCAGCCCUGCUGGGCCCAGGGAGCAGUCUCCGAAGGUGCCAAGAGGUAGAGUUUGUGAAGUGUGCACCACCAGGCCCCUAACCUGUCAACCAGGUUCCAGGAGGUCUGGUCUGAGCAGCCCCAAUAUGGCCCUGUUACUGAGCAUUUGUGUCCAGGCCCUCCUCCUCCUGGGGCUGAACCCUGUUUCCACCUCCAUCCAGAAUCAGCAUUGCGAGAGCCUUUCCCUGGCCAGCAACAUCACUGCCAUCUCUGCCCCAGGACUGCAGUGCAAUGCCUCGGUGGACCUCAUCGGCACCUGCUGGCCCCAGAGCCCUGCAGGACAGUUGGUGGUUCGGCCCUGCCCUGCCUUUUUCUACGGUGUCCGCUACAACACCACAAAUAAUGGCUACCGGGAGUGCCUGGCCAAUGGCAGCUGGGCUGCCCGUGUGAAUUACUCCGAGUGCCAGGAGAUCCUCAAUGAGGAGAAGAAGAGCAAAGUGCACUACCACAUCGCCGUCAUCAUCAACUACUUGGGCCACUGCAUCUCUCUGGUAGCCCUCCUGGUGGCCUUCGUCCUCUUUCUGCGGCUCAGGAGCAUCCGGUGCCUGAGAAACAUCAUCCACUGGAACCUCAUCUCGGCCUUCAUCCUGCGAAAUGCCACAUGGUUUGUGGUCCAGCGCACCAUGAGCCCCGAGGUCCACCAGAGCAACGUGGGCUGGUGCAGGCUGGUGACAGCCGCCUAUAACUACUUCCACGUGACCAACUUCUUCUGGAUGUUCGGCGAGGGCUGCUACCUGCACACAGCCAUAGUGCUCACCUACUCCACCGACCGGCUGCGCAAGUGGAUGUUCAUCUGCAUCGGCUGGGGUGUGCCUUUCCCCAUCAUUGUGGCCUGGGCCAUCGGGAAGCUGUACUACGACAAUGAGAAGUGCUGGUUUGGCAAAAGGCCUGGAGUGUAUACUGACUACAUCUACCAGGGCCCCAUGAUCUUGGUCCUGCUGAUCAACUUUAUCUUCCUUUUCAACAUCGUCCGCAUCCUUAUGACCAAACUCCGGGCGUCCACCACAUCUGAGACCAUCCAGUACAGGAAGGCUGUGAAGGCCACUCUGGUGCUACUGCCUCUCCUGGGAAUCACCUACAUGCUGUUCUUUGUCAACCCUGGGGAGGAUGAAGUCUCCCGGGUCGUCUUCAUCUACUUCAACUCCUUCCUGGAAUCCUUUCAGGGCUUCUUCGUGUCCGUAUUCUACUGUUUCCUCAACAGCGAGGUGAGGACCCAGGUCCGCUCUGCUAUCCGCAAGAGGUGGCACCGAUGGCAAGACAGACAUUCCAUCCGUGCCCGGGUGGCCCGUGCCAUGUCUAUCCCCACCUCCCCGACCCGGGUCAGCUUCCACAGCAUCAAGCAGUCUACAGCACUCUGAGCUACAGGCCAUGCAAAGCAGCCCAGAGACCUGUGGCCGGGAAGACGAUGGCCAGGCUCACUGACCACCCCAUAUACGGGGACAACCA